ACGCAGCGAUGUCGGCGCUGCUCUGCGUCGUGGCGGCAGCAGUUGGCUUUUAUGUGCUCGUGUAUUACCGUGUGUUCAGAGGAGGGAGCUGCUCACGGUCAGUGACGCUGAAGGGGAAGACGGCUGUUGUUACAGGAAGCAACACUGGCAUUGGCAAGGCCACGGCUCUGGAUCUGGCAAGGAGAGGAGCCAGGGUGAUCCUGGCCUGCCGCAACAAGGAGAAAGCUGAGGCCGCUGCUUAUGACAUCCGCAGAGAGAGUGGGAGCAGUCAGGUGCUGUUCAUGCAGCUGGAUCUGUCAAGUUUCAAGUCUGUUCGGAACUUUGCUGAGAACUUCCUGAAGACCGAACCCAGACUGGACAUUCUCAUCAACAAUGCAGGCGUGAUGAGUCCAGGACACACUGAGGACGGCUUCGGCCUGGCGUUUGGGGUAAACCACCUGGGCCACUUUCUGCUCACCAACCUUCUCCUGGAGCGACUGCAGCAGUGCGGUCCCAGUCGAGUGGUCACCGUGGCUGCGCUUCUGCACCGCUUUGGCACCAUUGACUUCCCUCUGCUGGCUUCCAAGAAGGAUUUAGUGUCUGAUCAGUCUACCUGGCACAGCUUUCAAGCCUACUGCAACAGCAAGCUGUGUAAUGUGCUCUUCACUAGGGAGCUGGCCAACAGGCUGGAGGGCACCAGUGUCACCUGCUACAGCCUCCACCCAGGAGUCAUCCACACAGAACUGUGUCGCAGCAUGAGUCUGUGGCAGCAGCUCCUCAUGAUGCCCUUUGCCAAGCUCUUCUUCCUGGACCCUGAGGGGGGGUCCCAGACCACCCUGUACUGUGCUCUGCAGGAGGGCAUCGAGCCUCUCAGUGGACGGUACUUCUCUAACUGUGAACUGCAACAAGUGGGAGCCAAAGGACGAGAUGAUGCCCUGGCAAAGAAGCUGUGGGAAGUGAGUGAGAGGUUAACAAGUUUAUCUUAAGAGACUGAAUCCUAAUCUAGUAGCUCUGAGGGCUGUUUGACUGCUCUGUGCCUUAUUAGAGACCUCAACAGGUCUCCAGUGUUAAUGUCUUAUUGUUGGUCAAAGGUGAAAUCUUCAGUCAGACAGUGAGGACCAAAAAAAAAAAAACAAAAACCACAGCCAUCAGCAAAUUGAAAUAAAGUACUGAAGACUAACGGUCGUUGCUGUAUAGCUCCUAUUUGUCAUUACAUCUAGUUUUGCUAUAACUUAUUAUGUUCUGGCUAUGUGAUUGUAUUGUUUACAUUUCACUUUGCUGAAUAUCCCUUUUAUUUGUUGCUGUGAGCAGUUGUUCUUGACCGUUUUGUCUCAUCUUAAUACUUCAUUCACGGUUCUGAUUAUGUGGCUUGUAUCACUGCAGUUAACAACAUAGCCUGAAACCUCAGCGCUAACAGAGACUUCAUGAUACCAGUUAACCAGGAUCACCAAUGUUAGUUUUAGUGUUCAGGUAGUGGAUCUUUUGAAUAAUGACAGAGUGUAAAGCAUUUAGUUAUUUCUAUCUUUUGCAGAACCUUGCACUUGUUCUGCUGUUUAUCAAACGGCAGUUUUCCACAAAGCUAUGUCAUGAUUGCACUUGUGGUUAUACCAUAUUUUCUUCUUGAACUACAUUUGGGAAUGCUCUUCAACAUUGGCCUGACUGUCUUGAUUUCGACUUGCUUAAGCUAGCACAGGUAUGAUUCAUAUGAUAAUCUGCAGCAGGUACAAAUGUUGAUCCAAGUAAGAGAAUGAAUACAACGUUUAAGAUUAGGUAUGUUGGCAGAGUCAUCAUGGAGCCUGUGUAACUGUGUAACCCAACCUCAUUAUUCACAUACCUGAUAUAUGUGUUUGCGGUCUUUCACUGUGAGCAGCCACACAAGGCGAAAUGUUGCUCUGUGUCAUGCUAUUGCACAGGUGGUGGUGUACGAUACCAUACUAACAUGAGGCAGUGCCCUCCAACGAUGGUGCUACAAGAUACAAGAUAUUCCUAAUUUCAUCUGUCUGCAAACCAUGCCACAUCUCUUGAGGAGCGGUUUAAACCAUAACUAAAGGGAAAUAAAUCUAAACCUGGAUGAUGCAACAGAUCUAAUGUGAUUUUGCACUGUCUGGAUCUCUGUUUCCUCACAGGACAGCCUGCUGAGACAAGUUUGGUCAAAAGUACAAAUAAA